AUGCGUGGUUUUCGUGGAUUGCUGCGCUGCGCCAUCAUGAUGGCCAUGGCCUGCUACGUUUCGAACAGAGCCUUCGUCACCUCCAUGCCGGCCCUUCCACGAGGACAUUCCAGCAAACUAGUCCAAGGUGCCACUUCUGGCAAAGUCAACCUGGAUCGUAGCCAGGAGCUCCGCGACUUCUUGAUCGGCGGCGAUGGCGGCGUGUCCCCAACCAAGGAGGCGGUCGCAAAGAGUUGGGAGUUGCCUGUCCUUGAGUGCGACGAGGGCUGCGUUUCUGCAAUUGAGAACUGCCUGGACGAGGGAUGCAGCGUCGAAGCCCUCAUGAAGCUGGAUGCGGCUAUUGCUGCGGACGAGAAAACCAUCGAGGCGAAACUUGCUGGCAAGCAGGAUGCAUGGCUCCAGAACUUUCUGCAGCGGUCUGGAGCGCUGCGUGCCCAACUGUCCACGAUGUUGACCAGGAAGAAGUCGGAGCCAUGGAUGACGCAGCUGGUCAAGGCAGCCCAGCUGGCCUUCAAGAGCAGCCGGGAUGGCGACUACCCUAAGGUUGGCGUGUCUUCCUUCUCUUCCUGA